UCUGAAAAAAUAAAAUGCUCCACAUUAUCAUUCAUUUUCUUUCCCUUUUUCUCCCCGAAUUUUAUUUCGUUUCCCCACUAUUUCCUAAUUCUAUUCCCGUUUAUCUAUUUCAAAAUAAAUUUUUAUUGUUAUAUUCUUCCUCUGUUUAAUCUCCCCCCGUUUCCUUUUCAUUUCUUUUUUAAUCUUUGCCCCCACAGAAAAUAUUUGCUCUCUUCUUUGCUCGUCACAAGGCAAAUCCAUGGAGAAGAGUGGGAGGGGGAGAGAGAGUGGGAAGAGAGAGAAAAAGCGAACGCAAUAAGCUCCCCCAAUUAGCCAAUUAGGGCUCAGCCCAGAAAGCGAAUCCCACUGCUUUCCUUCCCUUCCCUUCCCUCGUCGUCUCUGUCUCUGUAGCUGUUUAGGGCUUCUUUUCAUUUGUUGCCAUUUGGAAGGAGUAGCUUGAUUCUCUCUCCCCCCCUCUUUCUUUCUUUCUGUAUUUUGGCUCCAAAUGAAUGAAUUUUGGAAUGAAACAAUCUGUCUCUGGCUCUCUGAAGUUUGGCAACUAGCUGAUGAAGAUUGAAGAAGCAGCAGGAGCUUUAGCAGCUGUUCGUCAGGGAUUCUGAAAGAAAGGAAAAGAAAAGGGGGAUUACAACUUUCUGUUUGAUUUUGUGGAGCUGCCAACUUCGUUUCCUGUUUUCCUUUUUGCUGGGGAAGUGGUCCUCGUUGCUGCGGAGUAAAGUUUUUGUGACUGGGGUUUUUUCUUUAGGGUUUUGUCGGAGUGAUCUCCAAGCAGUUUGAGCACUUUCUUCUCUGCUAAAAGUCGGCUUUUUUGUUGUCCAGAGAUGUGGGUUGGAGUUUCAGGGAGGUAACUUUAUUGGUUUGUUAAGGUUUGGUAGUGAAUUAGGACAACGGGUAAAUGGAAGCCACUGAAUCAAGCAUGGGAUUUCACAGAGACGAAACCUUGGGCUCUGUGCUUGGGGGGCGGGCAAUAUCUUUUCAAUCAGGCGCAAUUAACAGCACGUCGGAGAUGAUUCCCAUGGGAAAUUACUUCGGGAUGAGUAGUUGUACUACUAUGGGUAUGGUGAUGCCCGGGAACUCCACCAUGGCCAACAACAACAGCAACCCUGGAAUGGUUCAAGUGCCAUCUUGUAACUCUCCUGCUUCUUCUCUGCUUCUGGAUUCUGUUCCUUCCUUCAAAGCUGACACAGGCUUGGCUGUUGAAUGGUCGGCUGAAGAGCAGUACAAGUUGGAGGAGGGUCUUGAAAAGUUUUCUGAUGAACCAAGUAUUAUGAGAUACAUAAAGAUUGCUGCCACCAUACCUGAGAAAACAGUUCGAGAUGUUGCAUUGAGAUGUAGAUGGAUGACGCGAAAGCGAAGAAAAGCCGAAGACUAUACUACUGGCAAGAAGUUCAAUAAUAGGAGGGAAAAACUAGUGGAGUCGUCAUCAAAGAUGAUUGUGCCUUCGCCUCUGGCACAGAACUUGUCAGUCUACCCUCUGAUGAUGCAGAACAUGAACCAGACUGCAUCUUUGCCUUUUGAAGUUUCAGGAAUAAGCGGUACAUCUAGGCAUCUUUUGGAGCAGAAUAUUCAAGCUUUUAGCCAAAUAUCAGCUAAUCUUUCUGCAUUCAAGGUAAGAUGGUAUCUACAAAAGAGGCCAGAAAUAGCUUCUGAGAAGGGAGAAAUACUGUCACUAGUUAUGCUUUCUUUCCAAGUUAAGUUCAACCAAGACAGGCCCUUGGUGUGGUUUUCUCUGGCCUUUGGUACAUUAACUGUUAGAUUUGCAUGGCUUCCAACUAGCAUGAGAGAAAUGCCUGGUAUAAUGAGCCAGAUGCCACCGCUACCUGUAUCGAUAAACGACGAUCUUGCAAAUAGUUUAUUGCCUACUACAGCUCAGUCAAUGAUGUUUGGGUUGCCUGGCGGGAUGCAGUUGAAGCAAGAGCCAAGGUGUUAGCUGAUGAGGGAGUUGAUAAAGGUGGAUUGACUAGGUUAAUUAUGUAUGUGAGCAGGUCUGGUGGUGUAUGUAAGUAGAAAAAAUGAUUUGGGCAACUUCAUUUGGUGUUUGAUUUUAUUAACUACCCUUUUCUUUCUUUUGCCUCCCCCCAACCAUUGACUCUGGAUCUUCUUGGCAUUCAAUGUCAUGUAUCAUGUGUGUACUUACCUAUUGAUCAUACUUUGAUGAUUUUAUGGGAGUAAAGAAAGAAAAGAAGGAAAAGGGCGGAGUAUCAUUUUGCAGCAGAUGCAGGGUAAGUGUAGAAGUGCGCUUGUAAUAGUCGAGUUGGUCUGGACCACCGCCGCUCUGAUUUUGCCUCCUGGGCUCUUGAUUUGCUUCUUUAAAGUCCAUAUAUUUGCUUCCUUAUUCGUCCUAAGUGUGCCUGUUUGUGAAAUUUAUAAAGAACUAUACAAAAGGACAUCAUGUCGGCAGGGGCGGAGCCAGGAUUUGCAAGUAGGGGGGCCGAUUUUUUUUUUUUUUUUUUUUUUUUUUUUUUUUU